CUUUUUUAGUCCUGGAAAGAACAAGUGACCCUCUCUCUUCCCCUCCUCUCUCUCCUCCAAAACCUGCCCCAUUUCAACAGCAGACUGCAUGCAAAUGUUGUGUUAUUUCGAGCCAAGCUUUUCUCCUCCUGCACAACUGUGGAUCUCUAUCUGUCACUGAACAAUUGAAGCUCCCAAAAGGGAGAUUUGGCAUUUUUAUCAGCAGUUGCAGUUUAUUUUGAGCUAUUGAAUCAAAUUGAAGGAGAAGUGAGAGAUGUAUAAUAAAGCUGAGGCCCUUCAAGAAAAAGAAGUUGCUGAAAAGUUAAUUAACGCUGCAGAUUAUGUUAGUGCUAGAGACAGAUUAAUAAAAGCCCAGCAGCUUUUCCCAUCACUUGAUCACAUUGUUGGUAUGUUAACUGUUUGUGACGUUCUCUCGGCUUCCAAAACCAAAAUUCCAGGAUACGACAUUGACUACUACUGGAUUCUACGUCUUAUGCCCUCAUGCAAUUUCACUGACAUAAACUGUCGUCACCAGAAGCUACACAAAUCGAUGAUUCCUAUCAAAAACAAGUUUCCGGGCACUGAGUUAGCACUUAAACUCAUAGAGGACGCCUUUUCUGUACUUUCUGAUGCAGACAAGCGUUCAGCAUUUGAUUCCAAGCGUAAAAGUAGUUGGGAAGGUUAUGAAUCAGUUAAUGAAGAUUCAGCACUCGAUUGUGGCGUAUCUAAUAGGGAGGCGGUCAUUUCUGCUCAAAUCUCUUCUGGGUAUGGUAAGGUUUCUUCUGGUGAAAUUUCAGAAGGAAAAAAAUGGAAUGUGGAAGAUUGGGCACCUUUGCUACAUGUAAAUAGCCUUGAAGAACCCAGUGCAUGUUCUUCUACUGUGAAUUCUGAGGGAAAUACUUUGGAGGAGAUUGACAUGCCAGUGGAUGAUGAAGAAGAUUUGAACUGGUUUGAUCAUGAAUUUUACAACUUUGGGUGCACUAGAACGCUAGAGUGUUUCGAAACCGGGCAAAUAUGGGCAGCAGCUCAAUACCAGUCUGACGAGCCUCAAAAUCGUCGUUAUGCGCAAAUUAAUGCCGUUCUUACAUCUACUGUUGUAGUUACAUGGUUGAAACCAGUUCCCAUUAGUGAUGGAGAGAGAAGAUGGUGCGAUGCAGGUUUGCCUGUUGCUUCUGGACCCUUCCAUAUGGACUUAGAGAACAGUGAAAAGGUGAUCUCCCCAACGGCAUUUUCCUACAUUUGCACUUGGGUUCGUGGAAUAACUGAGGAACAGUUUGAGAUUUACCCCAAAAAAGGUGAAGUUUGGGCACUAUACGAGGAUUGGGACCUUGAUGAAUGGUCCUAUAAUCGGGAAACAGUCAAGGGAUGCAAAUUCAAGUUAGUUGAAUUCCUCUCCGAUUUUUCCAAGUAUUUGGGGGCCGACAUUGCGCAUUUGGUGAAGGCAGAUGGUUUCAACAACAUUUUUCAGAGAAUAAGGAGUGAAGGGAAUCACGUCAUUCUUCACAUCUCUCCAAACAAUUUGUACAUGUUAUCUCACAGGGUUCCAGAAUAUAGAUUUACAGGUGGAGAGAUUGAUGGAGUUAUAGAAGGAAUGCUCGAGCUUGACCAGUUGGCCUUGCCAAAUGAAACAGUAAAUGAUAUUUACAGCCAAACUACGUCGAAGGUGGAAAAUUCAGACAGUUCUAAUAAAUCGGACUGUUCGAAUUUCAAUGCUGGACAGGUUCCCUCCCUUUCUUCUUUGAAGCCAUAUCCAGACAGCAAAAUAUUAGGUCCGAAUUGGUCACCAAAUGAUUUUAUAGCAGGUCAGGUGUGGGCUGUGUAUGAUGAAAAGGAUUUGCCCCGGCAUUACACACAAAUCAACACCGUGAUCUCAAGUAAUCAAGUACGUGUUACAUAUCUAGAACCUCAACCCAUUUUGGAUUAUGAGUUCGCCUGGAAAAAAGAAAGACUCCCCGUUGUCUGUGGAGUAUAUGGAGCUACUGGACCAAAUGUGAACCUAGAUAGAUCACACUUCUCCCAUUUGGUUAGAUGCCAACGUAGCACAACAAAUCCAAUCUACAAAGUCUACCCCGUGAAGGGCGAGAUAUGGGCGAUGUACAAAAACUGGAAUAACAAGUGGAAACAAUUUCAAUAUGAAAACGCCGAAUUUGAUUUUGUUGAAAUUUUGUCAGAUCUUUCGGAAGGGAGUGGAAUGAGGAUAGCAAAGCUGGUAGAGGUGGAGGGUUGUCUGACUUUCUUCCAGAGGCAACAAUUGGAUGGGUUUGACCUGUCUCGUGUGGUUUUGCAAUCGGAGGUGGUUGGGUUCUCUCACCGAAUUCCUGCUUUCAGAGUGCCGGGUAUUGGACAGCACGGCAUCCCAGAAAGUUCUUGGCAUUUGGAACCCAAUGCUCUGCCCUGCAAGCGCGAGUCUGAAGCUUGAAACUUCAGAGAACCUGUGAUUGUGCAAUAUGCAUUGUUGACACUUGUUUCAUCAACUGAAGGUACCCAGUAAAGCUAAACACUGAAGAGAAGCUUGCGUGGCAACUGCGGAUCAGCUGGCUAUGGAGGAUGGCUGCAAAAUGAAGCAGGAGUCUGGAUAUUGGCAUACAAUGUGAAGCUAGGGGGAGGAAACGAGUUUGGGGGCAGAGCUUUGGUUGCAUUUAUGGAGAACUUUGCGCUAUAUUUGAUAGUAGAAGCUGAUUCAGAAGUUACAGUCGACAACAAUUGAAAGAGGGUCCGAGAUGUGGCUGCUCCAUUUGACAUAUCCAGUCAGGUUUCGACAUUGCGGUAAUGGCAUUGGAGAGGGUGUUGAGGCUCUCCUGUGUCUUUCUUUCUAUUGUACCCCAGAUUUUUUUUCCCCGGAACCAACGUAAAGAUCGGAAACCAUGCAGUCUUCGUGAAUUUUAGAAGUCGGCUUUUCUUGUCAAUGAGAUCCCCUGAACCCCUAGACAGUUCCAUUGACACCCUCUUUCUGCGUUGCGAAUCUUUUCAUCCUUACAGUUUCUUUUGAAAACAAAAAAGAACAAGAAGAAGA